AUGAUGUCAUUGAAGGAGAAGGAAAAUAGAGAAGUAAAUGUUGGAGAAAUGGAGAGUAUGUUACGGUUGGACCAAGCUGAUGAGGGUGGCAAAGAGGGGCUAGAAGAAGAGCAAGACGAAGAAGGUGACGAUAGAAUACUGAACAAACUAGCUGAUGAAGAUAAGCAUGAUGCAGUUGAUGCGGCAUCAAUGGCUAUAUCUAUUGAUCAGCAAAAAAACGAAACACACAAAGUACUUGAAGGGAAUGGAGUGGAAGAAGGGGGAGAAGGGGGAGAAGAAGAAGAAGAAGGAGAAGAAAGGGACAAGGACGAUAUGGGGAAUGGACUAUUAGCGAGUUUGGCGACUGACAUUGAGAAAUAUCAGAAAAAAGUCCAGUUGAAAAAGCAUUUGGAAGACUCUGUUGGCAAGGAAAUCAUUGAGAAUUUGAAUAAAGAAAGAAAGAGAAAAGUGGAGCCUGAGAAUUCUGAGAAAGAAAUACUCAUUGAUGAUAUAGAAGACGAAGAAGAAGGGGAAGAAGGAGGGGACGAGGAAAACGAUUCUGAUUCAAAGAGGAAGAAAAGAAAGCUCGAUGGGAAGAAGCACGUAAAGUGGACCAAAGCCGAAAAUGAUGCCGUUGUAUAUUACAAAGAAGAACUAAAAUACUCUUGGAAGAGGAUUGCCAAAAUGCUCGACAAUAGACACACAUGGCAGUCAAUUCAAAUGCGGUAUUUGAGAAACUACAAGUCAAGGAAUGAGGAGUGGUCCAAAUAUAUGGAAACCAGGCUUAUUGAUGCGAUUCGUAAGGAUUGGGAAAACAGAUGGUUCAGAGUAGCUAAAAGUUUGGGUAAAGACUUUACAGCUGAAAGGUGUAUGUCCAAAAACAUUGAGAUUUGUAAGAAGGUUGAUACACCAUAUUACUCCAGUAUUUUUGAAAAAAAGGACAUUCAGGUAGGUUAUGAAAACCCAAAUAACGAUAUUAGGGACGAGGAGGCCCACAAGAAGCUAAUGCUUGUUUACAUGGGUCUCGAUUCUAUUUCCUAUGAGGACGAACUCCAAGAUAAAGGAGCAGAAGAAGCCACCACCGACGACAGUGUCAGUAGUACUACACAACAAUCCCGGAAUACAGAGAGUUCACAGAAAGUAACGGAUCCAACAGAUUCUACAGAGUCAACCGUGAUGCUCUCAGCGAAGCAAGUUGAUGGAGAACAUUCAGGAGAACCCCAAGUGUCAGUAGGGUUGAUUGAGGGAGAUAGUGGCACCAAACAUCAACAAGAUGAAUAA